GCCUGAUCUCCCGUUGAAGAUGCUUGCUUGUGGAUCAGUACGCACCUGGGCUCAGGAUGUUGGCCCAUGCAAUAGUUGAGAGAAAGCUUUGUUAUUCUUGGUGUAUUAAGGGAAUUGUGAAAUGGUUCUGCUCCAAAAGAUUGGGGCCAUCUUGCGGUGCAUGUAUGCUGUUAGAGCCUUUAGUAAUAUACAGCAUGGAGAUGAAAUUGUUGGAAUUGAUUUUGGUACUGCCAACUCGCGUUUGGCUUUUAUGGAGGCACAGGUUCCAACGCUGCUUGAGACUGAAAGUGGACAAGCUGUUCCAUCUUUUGUUGCAAUUGAUUCUAAGAAGAAAAUAUUGGUCGGUCAAGUUGCAAGAUAUCAUGCCAUAGCAAACCCUGCAGAUGGUUUAUAUAAUAUGAAGAGUUUGUUGAGGAGGAAUUUUCAUCACCCAGAAAUACAAGAGUUGAAGUCCAAGGUUCCCUUCAAGAUUAUUGAGGGGCCUGAUGGCGAAGCUUGGGUUGAAGCAUGUAAUGAAAAAUUUUCGCCAACCAGAGUUUGUGCAUUUAUCAUUGAAAAGAUGAAGAGGUUGGCUGAGUCAUAUUGCAUGCGAACUAUCUCAAAAGCUGUAAUCGCUGCUCCAGUUUACUUCAAUGAUGAUCAAAAGAAGGAAUUACAGUUGGCUGCAAAAUCUGCGGGGCUGGAUGUUCUUGGGAUUAUUGAUGAGCCAAUUGCUGCUGCUCUCUCCUGCAAGAACAUAGAUGUUGGUACUUUUGCUAUUUUCUGUCUCGGUGCUAGAACUUUCAAUAUCUCAAUCGUUGAGAUCUCUGAUGGAGGUGUCCAGGUUAAAGCUAAGGAGUUCGAUACUUCCUUAGGAGGUGAAGAUUUUGACAUAGUUGUAGCGGAGUACUUGGUCGAAGAAAUUAGGAAGGUUCAUUCUGUUGACAUCUCUGGAGAUCAAAUUGCAAUGAUGAGGCUGAAGGAUGCUGCAGAGAGGGCCAAGUUGGAACUCUCCUCAUCUGAUCAGGCUCAGGUAAAUAUACCUUACCUCGCUGGAUCUGAACACGGCUUGGUACACGUAGAUAUCACUCUGGCGCAGUCAAAGUUUGAGGAACUAGUGGAGCCCCUGAUCGAAAGAAUUAAAGGACUUUGCAAGAGAUGCUUGGAAGCCGCACACGUAACGGAGCAAAGCAUUGAUGAGGUGAUUCUAGCAGGGGGGAUGGCGAACGUUCACCGAGUGCAGCAGGUGAUUCAAGAGAUAUUUCUGAAGUCUCCUAGCAUGCAAGUAAAACCGGAUGAAGCCGUGGCUAUUGGUGCUUUGUUACAUUGUGCUCUCAUAGUUGAAGAUCGGAAGAAACUUUUGCCUCACUUGAUUCCACUGUCCCUUGGGAUUGAGACUGUGGGGGGAGGAUUUACAAGGAUUAUUUGCAGGGAUAGUGUGAUCCCAUGUAAGGGAAGCUGUGACAUCUCCACAUCACGUGACAAUAAGGAUAGAGUUUCUAUACGGAUUUUACAAGGUGAGCACAUGUUAGCUUCAAGGAAUAAGCUUCUUGGGCGGCUUGAAUUGACUGGCAUUCCACGAGCACCACGAGGUGGGGUUUCGAUUACAUUGGAAUUUUGUGCUGACAGAAAUGGUGUUCUCACUGUCUUUGCCAAAAGUAAGGAUGUAGACAUAGAGUGGUCAGCACAAUUUGAUUACAUGGAUCAUAUUGGUGAGAGAGAUAUCCGGAUGGCGGCUAAAAAGGCAAUAUUGUUUGGCCGCCGGGAUAUUGAGAAGCUUGCCUUGAUGCGGGUCAGAAGCAUUGCUGAGUUCAAACUCCAUAGGAUUGAGAAGCUGUUGAAGAGUUGGAGAAAUGAAAUGCCGGAGAGUCAUUUGCCCAAUUACGAAAGCAAGUUCGCCGACCACAAAGCUAUAAUGGGCGUUGAAGACAUUGUUUUGUUAAAAGACAUGAUUGCUUCGGCUUCGGCGUCGGAGCAGGUUCUACUCACCUGGCAUGAUUAUGAUAGUGAGUAUUAUGAUAGUGAGUAGCUUAUUUGGGUUUAUUGUUAUGUUAGAUGGGUUUUGGUAUUGUUGUUAUGCUAGACUUCUCUAAUCUUUGUUGAAGUUAUCGUAGGAUGGUGUAUUGGUUAUACUUAUAUUAUUUAUGGUAGUUAUAAGAUUUUACUCUGAUUGGGCA